AUGCCGCACAUCGCGGAAACCACCCAAGACCCGACGGAUGUGCACCCAGGAUCCCUUGUACCCUGGCUAGCACCCGGCACUAAAGAAACUAAAGAAUGUCAAGCCCAAUCACAACCAAAAAGUCUCAAAGAAGAGGAGGUGGCGCUCGGGGAGCUCGGGGACAGUCGAUGUGCCUCCCCGGCAGAAUCAAGUAUCAUGGACUUGGAUUCACUCCUGGAUUUCAGCGAUUCUGAACUCUCCUCAUUGUCAACCCGAAACUCCUUGCGAUCCGCAUCCCGUUUGUCCCGCUUCUUUCCCGAGCUGUCCUCGCAUUUCGCCGUUGUCUCCCCGGUCAGCGCAGAUCGCAAGAUGGACCAGACGGGCCCCACGCUCUUCGAACGAGAGCUCGAAGAGCGAGUGUGGAUCUUGUAUCGUCGCUCGGUGGACUCGGACGAACAGCAGCCAGUCAAUCGCGUUCCCGGCGGCGUGGACGCUUCAUCGUCCUGCUAUAGUCGCCGCUCCUCCCUCACGACUCUGGGGACGGAAUUUUGGGGCGAUGAUGGCCGACAUCCACUCAAGUCUCCGGAGGAAUACUCGAUUCACUCGCCUGCCUCGGUGGGAGUCUUUGACGAGAUCGCUCCUCUCUCGCGACGGUCCUCCACUCUCCCGCCGUAUACUCUGCACAUGCCCCUGCAUGAACAGAGACCCACCAAGCAGGUUUCAAUGACAGAGCUGAAGAACAAACCAUUACCCCUGGAGCCAUCAGACAAUGAGCCAUCGAGGAGUCGCUGGAGCGAUUCUUCUCACUCCACCGAGUCACACUUUCGCCCUGUGCCAACGUCGUCUCGAGACCUAUUGGUGUCGCCAUUACACCCUACCCCCAACCACCAUGAUUGGAAAGCCUCCCAGAAGACGAGCUCGCAUCGACCGGCCGGACACGUGUGGGUGGGGUCCGAAUAUAAUGACCUUGGGCACUCACGCAAUGGUCGGAAAGAAGGUGAAAGGCCGGUCAACAAUUGGCCUCAUGCACCAACAUUGUCGCAAGCAACGAAAGACCUCGAAGGAACCCUGGCGGAGCUGGCAGACGAUUCGGAUCGGCCCGUCCCAGUGUCCCGCAAUAAGGACUGGAUCUCCACUCGCCGCGCGCCUCUCCCGCCAACCGAGGCCCAAUUGACCCCUAAAGCAAAACAGUUCGGUCGCUCACUCACAUCAAGUCCCAGUCCAACCAAGAGCAGAAUCUCGCAGCCAAAAGACACCAGAGAAACAUGGGACAACCGUACAGCGAGCCCGGGAAAAAAGGAGAAGAAGAAGAAAUCCUUUCUUGCGCCGUUUCGCAAGAGCCAAGUCCGCAUUAGCGCCCGGUCGGAAUGCCAAUCCAUGACGUCGAUCCCCUCGGACAUUCUCGAGCGAGUGGAAGACUUUCUCACGCCUGAACAAGAACAGGGGGAAGUGAACAAAAUGCGCCAAAGUUGGGCGCUGGUCUCAACUGCCCAGGCCAGUAGUCUGCACCUUGAUCAGAUCUAUGAAUUGCCUGCUGAACCCCACUGCUCUACACCGAUUGUCUUGGAACAUCCCAGUCAUGUCGGUGUAAAUGAAAAGAAAUCCAGUCUGCCCGUGGAUAUGCCGCUGGAUUUGAUCAUUUCGAUCAUGGAGAGAAUCGACUCACUGGAUGAUCUGUUUAAUUUCGUCCUCGUCAAUAAAAAGCUGUAUUCUGCGUUCAAACGGCGCGAGUUGCCACUUAUCAAGAAUGCGCUGUUCAAAAUGUCCCCGCCGGCAUGGGAAUUGCGCGAAAUGAGUCCACCCUGGGAAAUGGAGUGGGCGCCUCUCAUCGACCCCGACUCCCAGGUUCCUGAAUACACGCCGACAUUGUACCUACAGCGAUACGCGCAGGAUAUCUAUACCCUGGCGAAACUCAAGGCACUGGUUCUGGCGCGCUGUGCCCCAUUCCUGCGACGGGAGACUGUUCGCGGUCUGGCUGGCGUGGACAAUCAGCGCGCGGAGGAAGUCGAUGAUGCAUUCUGGCGCGUCUGGACAUUCUGUCGGAUCUUCGGAAGUGGGAAGAGACGCGAGAAUGACCUGGCUGGUCAAAUGGACUGGUUGAAGGGAGGUUGUCAAGCGAAGAAGUCUUCCACAUCCGUCUCGACAAUGGCCCAGCCUUUCGCCAUCAACAACGUUCUCUUUGAACCGCCUCCAGGCUUCGGACGGGGAAAUCUCUCCGGGCUCUCCCAGGGACAAAUGUACGAUAUGAUUGAAAUUUGGACUUGCAUGGGAGUCCUCCUCCAACCCAUGCAUGGGAAAUGCAUUGAGGCACGCAAAGUCGGCAUCUUCGAUAACAUGGACGUCCCAGAAAACGAUGCAGUGCGUGAAGAAAUCGCUCUAGAAUGGACCUCAUACAUCCUAACCCUCGGCCUCGGCGCCGUAAUGUCCCUAAGCUCCGUCUGCCAAUCCGACACAGCAUCCGCCAAAUUCGCCCGCGCCCACUCAAUAGGCCUAACGAAAUGGGAAAUCACCGAAACAGAAGCAAGCCGAUCCUCAUUCCUGAAAGAAGCCAUUUCACGCGCCUACGAAAUCCAAGAACGAGACUCCAGCCCCAUAAAACCAACCACCCAAUCCUGGGCUCCUGCGCGUGCGAAUCGAGAACGCCAAACUGCCUUCGCGAAGGAACUUCAACAAAGACGAGCCCGAGGUCUUGGAGAACCAGCAGGGAGAUUCUCAUUCUCGGCUGAACGGCCAAUGUCGGAAUAUAGCACUAUACUCCGGAAUCUGGAUUCAAAUGAGCAGUCUGUUCCACCUGUUCCGACUCUUGUUCAUGAUCGGUCAUCAUCUACCACUUCCAUUCCGGAACCGCGGACGCCGAUUGAAACGGGGCUCGAUGCUACGGUAUUCGCGCGCAGUCCGCCUCUUUGUCAGGUUGGGAAUUAUUCUUCUGAUGCGCAUGUUCGUCGGCCGCAGGUUUUGGAUCCUGUUGAUCGGGCUAUUGAUAUGAUUGUUCAUGAGUUGGGUUUUGAGACUGAGGAUGCUAAGUGGGCUUUGAAGAUUACGGAUACUGGUGAGGGGAUUGAUGCAGAUGCUGCUGUCCAGUUGUUGAAGAAGCAGAAGAAGAAGAAUGAGCGGAAUCCUUUUGGGAAGAGGGAUAGUUUGUUGUCUUCUGUUAUCAAGAAGCAGAAAUCUCAUGACUCUGGAUGGCGGUGGGCUUGA